AUGUCAAGUGAUUCAGAAAUUAGCGGGAAGAGGAAGAAGAGCAGCCAUGAUUUUCAGGUCCCAAGAAAACUCCCAUCCUCUGAUGACCUCGCCGACGAAAAUGAUACUGGUUUUUUAUCCCUUUCUCUUUCUUUAUGCCCAGCCGACACCAGAACCCGACAUCUUUCUCCGGUUUACCACCCUCAACAACAACAACUUCCUCCGGCUCCGCCGCCGCCUCCGCCGUCGCCAGCAGUCAUGCAGUUUGAACCCUUCUUCCAGCAGCCGUUAUCGACGACGACUCUGCCUCCUCCUCCUCCGCCACCGCCACCGCCACCCCACCACCAAGCUUACCCACUUUGCAUGCCUCCCAUGCCGGUAACCCGACCGGGUCAUAAUAACGACACCCUAGCGGCGGCGCCACCCAUUGUGCAGUCGGCGGCGGCGGCGGCUCCUCACCGUGGUCAACACCAACCAACAACCGGCGGUCCGAUUAGGCCAAACAGGCAACGGCGGAACCAAUCGCAAGAACCGCGUGAAGCGAAGAUGAACGAGCCGGUGCUAAUCCCUCCUUUUCCAUGGGCGACAACCCAACGCGCCACCAUCCACACCCUCGAUUACCUGGUGUCGAAACAGAUCCUCAACAUCGGCGGUGAAGUCCACUGCAAGAGAUGUGACCGGAAGUUCGAAAUGGAGUUCGAUUUGAGGCAGAACUUUGUGGAGGUUGGGACUUUUAUCGCCCAGAACAAGAGCAAUAUGCACGACCGGGCUCCCGGGGUUUGGAUGAACCCGGUUCUUCCGGCUUGCAAACUCUGUGAGGAGGACAAUUGCGUCAAGCCAAUUAUCCCUGAGGAUAAAGACGCCAUCAAUUGGUUGUUUCUCCUUCUGGGUCAAUUGCUGGGGUGUUGUACAUUGGAACAGCUUAAGUAUUUCUGCAAGCAUACCAAGAAUCAUCGUACGGGCGCUAAGGAUCGUGUUCUUUUUCUAACGUACCUGACUUUGUGCAAACAGCUUGAUCCCAAUGGCCCUUUUGAUCGAUGA